AUUGGGCCCGUAACAACAAAUAAUCCUGAUGCCAUAUAUAAGAGCAGAUAUUUAAGUGGAAUGAUAAAAUCUGCAGCUUCUACAAGAAGUUUAAGAAGCAAAUCUAUUUUUAAGAUAAAAGAAAGUUUGAAGAUAAUCAAUUUGAAAGUAACUUUAUCAAUGGUUCAAGUAAUAAAAAGAUUAAACCAAUUGAAGACGAAAAUAACGGUUUACGCUACAAUAGAACUUGAACUUGAUAUCGAUAUGAAUUUUAAACAAACUAACGAUGAUGAAUACAUUACUAGCGAAAUCGAUUUCGAUAUUUAAUGCUUUUUUGAUGCUUUGAAUGUCCAAAUUUAUUAAAUUAUUUAAUUUAUUUCAUAUUAUUAU